UAAGACCCUCCCAAAGUUCUAAUAAACCACGCGAGAAAGCGACGGGCCACGAAACAAAGGUGCGCUGACCCGACUUCCUUUCGCUUGCCACGGAACGCUUCUCGUCGGCAGCGAUUUCGGGUCUCGUGCGGUUUCCUGGUUGGCGCUCGCCCUUUUGAUUUUUUUCCUGUGCUUCUGGCUUCACGAUAUAAAAAAUGGAUGGAUAAAUUCUGAUGCUGUUUCUGGAGUUUCCUGCCAAUAUUGCUCUUCAAGCGUCGGCGACGUCGCCGUCAUGGGAUUCUUUAUUAGCACUUGUAGUUUUCUCGCGGAGACAAUCCUUCUUUUCUCUGUAUUUUAGGCCUUGCGGCGGUUGAAUCCAAGUUGGUUUCGAAGUCUCCUCAUCAUUGUUGGAGCAUCGAGUCUGUUGAAAAAGAGGGGAAGACUCAGAGAGAGAGAGAGAGAGAGCGAGCGAAACGUUUCGGUGGAACUCACGAGUAUUUCGACUUCUGAAGCAGCAAAAGCAAAACCUUUUCUCUUUUCUCUGGACGAGCUCUUUCAGGGGAAGAAAGAAACCCUUCUGUGAAAUAAAGCCUAGAGGAAAGCUGUCGCCUCUGGACCAUUCAAGAGUCCAAAGGCAAGAAGAGAGCAAGUAGAAGAUGAUGGGCAAUCUAUGGGAUGUGUUUUGCGGGGAAUCCGACUGCACAGAUGCAGACGGAGGAACUUGCACACCCAACAUUUUGUCUUUCGGUCAUCCUUCUGCCUGUAUCAACCACAUCCUCGUCAUUUGCUUCACCAUUGUUCUGUUGGCCUUGCUUUUGUUUAGUAUGAUUCGGAAGUCAGCAUCAAAGUCAGUCCGCGCCCCAUCUUGGUAUUUAAGGCUCUCGCAGUUGCAAAUAGCAUCGGCCAUAGUGAAUGGCUUUGUCGGGCUAAUCUACUUAGGUUUGGGCAUUUGGAUUUUGGAAGAGAAGCUGAGACAAAUGCAGACUGCUUUACCGCUCACCCGGUGGUUAGCAGCCGUUUUUCAAGGUUUUACGUGGUUGUUCAUUGGCUUGAUUGGUAGUCUUCGGAUGAGAGAUCUCCCAAGGAUGCCUUUGCGGCUAUUGGCCAUUCUUGCCUUCUUGUUUGCAGGUGUGCUCUGCGUUUUAUCUAUGUUCACUGCGAUAACAAGCAGAGAAGUCUCUCUUAAGAUAGCUUUGGACAUUCUUUCAUUCCUUGGAGCAUCUCUUUUGUUAUUUUGUGCUUGUAAGGGAUAUGAAGAUCUUGAUAAGGAUAAUGUUACAAAUGGAGGCGAUCUGUAUAUUCCACUGACCAGAGAGGCCAAUGGUAGUGGCAAAGCCGAUACAGUUGCUGAAGUUUCUCCAUUUGCCAGAGCUGGAUUUUUCAACAGAAUGUCAUUUUGGUGGUUGAACUCUCUGAUGAAAAGAGGAAGAGAAAAGACUCUCAAGGAAGAAGAUGUACCGAAGUUGCGGGAGGCUGAUAGAGCAGAAAAUUGUUAUGCAUCAUUCUUGGAGCAGUUGAACAGACAAAAGAUAGCAGACCCUUCAUCACCACCAUCUAUUUUGAGGACAAUAAUCAUUUGCCAGUGGAGAGAGACCAUCAUAUCUGGGUUCUUCGCACUUCUGAAAAUUCUCACUAUUUCUGCCGGUCCCCUGCUUCUCAAUGCCUUCAUUGAGGUUGCCGAGGGAAAAGAAAGCUUUAAGCACGAAGGUUAUGUGUUGGCAAUCUCUCUCUUUUUUUCAAAGUCUUUGGAAUCUUUAGCUCAAAGGCAAUGGUACUUCAGGAGCAGACUUAUCGGUCUGCAAGUGAGGUCCUUGCUAUCAGCAGCCAUUUAUAGGAAACAGUUGAGAUUGUCCAAUGCUGCUCGGCUUAUGCAUUCGGGAGGUGAGAUCAUGAAUUACGUGAGUGUUGAUGCUUAUAGAAUCGGAGAAUUUCCUUUUUGGUUUCAUCAGACAUGGACAACAAGCCUCCAGCUCUGCAUCGCACUUGUGAUUCUAUUUCGUGCUGUGGGUUUGGCAACAAUUGCAUCUUUGGUAGUUAUCAUUAUUACAGUGCUUUGUAAUACACCGCUUGCAAAGUUGCAGCAUAAGUUUCAGACUAGACUUAUGGCAGCACAAGAUGAGAGGCUGAAGGCGUGCACUGAGGCUCUAGUGAACAUGAAAGUUUUGAAAUUAUAUGGUUGGGAAGUUCAUUUUAAGAGUGUCAUUGAAAGCUUGAGGGCAGUGGAAUACAAAUGGUUAUCAGCUGUGCAGCUACGGAAGGCAUAUAAUAGUAUUCUUUUCUGGUCCUCGCCUGUUCUGGUUUCAGCUGCUACAUUUGGGGCAUGUUAUUUCCUAAACAUUCCUCUGCGCGCUAAUAACGUCUUUACAUUCGUGGCUACGUUGCGCCUUGUUCAGGACCCAAUCCGCUCUAUUCCUGAUGUGAUUGGUGUGGUAAUCCAAGCGAAGGUCGCAUUGACACGGAUUGUGAAGUUUCUUGAGGCUCCGGAGCUGCAGAAUAGAAAUGUCAGGCAGAAGAGAAACUUUGAGAGGGUAGACCAUACAAUUAUCAUAAAGUCAGCAAGUUUCUCAUGGGAAGGGAAGUCACUGAAUCCCACUCUUAGGAACGUUAACCUUGAAGUCAGGCCUGGUGAAAAAGUCGCUAUAUGUGGAGAAGUUGGUUCUGGAAAAUCGACCCUUUUGGCAGCAAUUCUAGGAGAAGUUCCAAAUACUGAAGGAACUAUUCAAGUCUAUGGAAAGAUCGCCUAUGUUUCUCAGAAUGCAUGGAUCCAGACCGGGAGCAUCCAAGAAAACAUUUUAUUUGGUUCUGCAAUGGAUAGUCGGCGUUACCGAGAGACGCUUGAGAAAUGUUCAUUGGUGAAAGAUCUAGAGUUGCUUCCCUAUGGCGACCUCACUGAAAUUGGUGAAAGAGGAGUUAAUCUCAGUGGUGGCCAGAAGCAGCGGAUUCAACUUGCUCGUGCUCUCUACCAGGACGCCGACAUAUACCUGUUAGAUGACCCUUUCAGUGCUGUAGAUGCACAUACUGCUACCAGCCUAUUUAAUGAAUACAUUGUGGAAGCACUUUCUGGAAAGACAGUCCUACUGGUGACUCAUCAAGUUGAUUUCCUUCCUGCAUUUGAUUGUGUCCUGUUGAUGGCAGAUGGAGAAAUCCUGCAAGCCGCUCCUUACCAUCAUUUACUUGCCUCGAGCCAAGAGUUUCAAGACCUUGUCCAUGCGCAUAAAGAGACUGCUGGAUCUGAAAGACUUGCAGAGGUCACUUCUUCCUCAAAACAGGGAACAUCCUUGCAAGAGAUUAAGAAGACAUACUUAGGGAAACAAGAGAAAGCGCCAAUAGGCAGUCAAUUGAUCAAACAAGAGGAGAGGGAGAUUGGAGAUACAGGGUUUAAACCAUACCUACAAUAUCUGAAUCAGAAUAAAGGCUAUAUAUACUUUGCUAUGGCCUGUCUUUCUCAAGUUAUAUUUGUAGCUUGUCAAAUAUCUCAAAACUCCUGGAUGGCAGCAAAUGUGGAGAAUCCUCAAGUUAGCACAUUGCUUUUGAUCACAGUUUACUUGGUGAUCGGGUUUUCCUCGCUGCUGUUUUUGCUGUCUAGAUCGCUCUUUGUAGUUGUUCUUGGCCUUCAGUCGUCAAAAUCUCUCUUUUCUCAGCUGCUAAACUCCCUCUUCCGCGCACCAAUGUCUUUCUAUGAUUCAACACCCCUGGGGAGAAUACUUAGUAGGGUCUCUGCUGAUCUCAGCAUUGUGGAUAUCGAUGUCCCAUUCAGUAUGGUUUUUGCUGUUGGAGCCACAGGCAAUACAUAUGCUAAUCUUGGAGUACUGGCGGUUGUUACGUGGCAAGUCCUUUUUGUGUCGAUACCGAUGAUAUAUUUCGCAAUUCAGUUACAGAGAUACUAUUUUUCAUCUGCGAAGGAGUUGAUGCGACUCAAUGGCACGACCAAGUCUUAUGUUGCAAAUCAUCUUGCCGAGUCAGUGGCAGGGGCAGUGUCCAUAAGAGCUUUUGAAGAGGAGGAAAGGUUCUUUAGAAAGAACCUGGAUCUUAUUGAUGAGAAUGCUAGUCCCUUUUUCCACAGUUUCGCAGCCAAUGAAUGGUUGAUACAGCGUCUAGAAAUACUUAGUGCUGCUGUUCUGUCCUCCACGGCACUCUCUAUGGUUUUGCUUCCUCUAGGAACAUUUAGCCCUGGAUUCAUCGGAAUGGCAUUAUCUUAUGGUCUCUCCCUGAAUGUAUCCCUUGUCUUCUCAAUACAAAACCAAUGCACUCUGGCGAAUCAUAUUAUAUCAGUGGAGAGGCUUAACCAGUACAUGCACAUACCAAGUGAAGCCCCUCUCCUAAUAGAAGAAAGCCGACCUCCUACCAACUGGCCAUCUGUGGGGAAAGUCGAGAUUGUUGAUCUGCAGAUAAGGUAUAGGCCCGAUACGCCCCUUGUUCUUCGAGGGAUCAGUUGCACUUUCGAAGGAGGACACAAGAUAGGCAUCGUCGGUCGAACUGGCAGUGGGAAGACAACCUUGAUUGGGGCUCUAUUCCGCCUAGUGGAGCCUGCAGGAGGGAAAGUUCUUGUAGAUGGUGUCGAUAUCACUAAGAUUGGGCUUCACGAUCUCAGGUCACGGUUCGGGAUUAUACCUCAAGAGCCCACUCUUUUCAAUGGGACAGUGAGAUAUAACUUGGACCCCUUGUCUCAACACACUGACCAAGAAAUUUGGGAGGUUCUUGGGAAGUGCCAGCUCCAAGAGGCGGUUCAGGAGAAACAAGAGGGACUCGACUCCAUGGUUGUGGAAGAUGGGUCGAAUUGGAGCAUGGGGCAACGGCAAUUGUUCUGCUUGGGCCGCGCACUUCUGAGGAGAAGCCGGAUACUGGUGCUCGAUGAAGCAACUGCAUCGAUAGACAAUGCGACCGACUUGAUUUUACAGAGAAUUAUUCGUGCUGAAUUUGCUGAUUGCACGGUUAUCACUGUGGCUCACAGAAUACCGACGGUAAUGGACUGCACAAAGGUCCUUGCCAUUAGUGACGGUAAGCUAGUGGAGUACGACGAGCCAAUGAAGCUGGUGAAAAGAGAGGACUCGCUGUUCGGGCAGCUAGUUAAGGAAUACUGGUCGCACUCGAAUGCUGCGGAGACCCACUGAAGCAAAAUCGGGUUCCUCGUGAAGCAUUCUCUGGUUCCCCUUCUGGGGUGUUUUAGCAAUCAGGAGGGGGGAUUUGUGACUAGAUUGUUCAAUUGUACAAUAAUGCGGGGCGAAGUAGAAGGGGAGAAACAUUAGGAGAUUGAUAGUUCUGCAUUGUAUCCUUAGGUGUGUCGGUAAGAAGAAACUAUGCUCUUUUUGAAUGAGCCAUAGGCAGUGGGUAAAGAGUAAUCGAGAGAAAGAAGGGAGAGAAAUGGUGGCGGUUUGUCGGAAAACGUUGAUUGAUGCCGUAAUACGUCUUUUGCAUGUGAUUGUUGAGCGUUCCUCGUUUUUGUGAUUGGUGAGUGUUCCUUGUUUUUCCUCUCGCCAGUUAGUUUUUGUUCUAGGAAUCAAAACUAUUGCCCUAGCUGUGUUGGCUGCGUCAGUGACACUCCGGUCGAGAUUUGAGUUGUUCAAUGGUGAUAAUGAGGAUUUCACAUGUUGCAAUCUGUACCUCCUGUUUGAGGGAUACUGAUUUUUUCGAAAUCAGUCAUGCUAUACAGUAACUCAACUAGCAGCA